AUGAGGAUGUCCUGGACCAGAGUGGUGACAGCUGGUUUCAUGUCGAAUAUUGUCCCAUACUUCAACCAGCCACUGGAUCUAGUCCGUCAUGGAGGUUCACCAGUUGACAUCCUAGGCCCAUCAUACCAGGAUGACCACACGGUCUGGUACAAAGACGGACAGAAACUGACCCUGCGUGAAAAUAUGCGCUUGCUGCCAGUUAUCCUCACCCUCCAUUUUGACUCUCUGCUGCUUCUGAUGCUGGAUUCUAGCGGUGUGAAGCUUAUCUGCCAACAUGUUUUGGCCUCUGGUGCUGUGGAGGUCCAGCCGUCCAUCAACCCUGCUGUCGUGGGGGAUACAGUGACGUUGUCGCUGUCUCCUACUACGUCUCUGAAGAGUGGACGCUGGGCAGUGGGAGAUUCCCUCAUCCUGACCUGGCAGGGAGACCAGCAGGCGGUCUUCCCCGGUCACAGCGGCAGAGCGUCGGUCAACAUCCUCACUGGAGCUCUUACUUUGAGCUCUGUUACCAUGGCGGACUCAGGAGUCUAUGUGGUGCAGAGCAGUGAACCCCAGCUUAUGGCCAACACCUCCAUCAUUGUUCUGGAACCCAUUUCUAAUGUGACCAUAAGGGUGAAUCAAACCAAGCUGAUGGAGUUCAACAGUUCAGCAGUCAUUGCAUGCUCUGUCUCUUCUGGAUCCUCCCCUUCCUUCCUCUGGCUGAACGGCAGCUCUGAGGUUACAGCCAGUGAGAGAGUUCAGCUCAAUGAUGAAAACUCCACCCUAACAGUAGCUAAUGUGACCCGAUAUGAUCAGGGACCAUUCAGGUGCUGUGUGUUCAAUCCUGUCAGUAAUAGCACCAGCGAUUCAGUAAACUUUACCAUCAGCUAUGGCCCAGAUAACAUGGCCCUUACAGUUAAUGGGCAGAACACUACUUCCUUUUUAAUUGGAUCCAAUUUGACCAUGUUCUGUUCAGCACAGUCCAAUCCUCCAGCUCAGCUUCAGUGGGCUUUCAGAGGAGUAUUGUUGAACACCACAGGUCCACUGUUGGAACUUUACAGCAUCAGUGAGGACCAAAGUGGUUCAUAUUCCUGUCUAGCCUUCAACAACCACACCAACAUGAACAGCAACAUCACCACACACAUCUUGAUUGGCAUGCCUAUUUCAAAUGUGACCCUGAGGGCAAACGCAACAAACCUGGUGGAGUUCAAUGACACAGCAGUUUUCAUGUGUUAUGUUACCAAUGGCUCAUCCCUGUCUUAUAUGUGGCUGAAAGGUAGCUCUGUGGUCACAGCCAGUGGUGGAGUUCAGUUUAGUGAUGGAGGCUCUACCCUCACUAUAGCCAGUGUGACUCACAAUGACAUGGGGCCGUUCAGGUGUAACGUGUCCAAUGGUGUCAGCCAAGAAAUGAGUCUUCCUGUAUAUCUGAACAUCAGCUAUGGUCCCAGUAACACAACAAUGGUGGUCAUGCCCAUGAAGCACACCUACAGAACAGGGUCUAACAUCACACUGUCAUGCUCAGCGGAGUCCAGCCCUCAAGCAAUGAUCCAGUGGAUGGUUGGUGGGGUGUCCCUCAAUCAUUCUGACUCACAGCUUCACCUACAGAGUGUCACAGUGAGCAAUUCGGGAAACUACGUAUGCCAACUUUACAACACAGUCACAUCCAGGUUCAGCAGUGCAAGUGCAAUGAUCAGGAUACAGGAUCCAAUAGCAGCAGCUGUGGUGAAUAACACAGGUGGACCAGCCAUACUUAACAAGUCGUUCACUCUGCAAUGUGAAGUCACUGGAUCUGUUGACUACAUUCAGUGGUGGAGGAAUGGUCAGCCUAUUUCUGCUGACAACACAACAGUGUUUGAUAUGGAAAACAAGACACUGACUCUCAACCCAGUGCAGUUUUCAGAUCGUGGAGAUUAUCAGUGUCAGGCUUCUAAUGACGUGAGCAACAUGACCAGCAGCCCCUACAUAGUCGAAGUAAACUAUGGCCCAAUGACACCAGUGAUCACAGGGCCAUCCAUGGUUCUGACAGGAACACUUAAUACCCUCAGCUGUUCAAGCGCCUUUCAUCUCCCCAGCUACCUCAGCUGGUACUUCAACGAUUCUCUGGUGAUUACCACCUCAGAGUACCAGAUUGGAUCACUGACCUUCAAUAUGAAGAGAGUUUGA